GGUGGGGCGAGAGACCGGGCCGGACUGGGGGUGCCUGGAGCCCGCGGAGCCCAGCGAGGGAGCGCGCGGGAGGCCUCUCCGGCCCAGCCCCCGAGUCGGUGGUGCAGCGCCCGCCCCCGAUCGCGGGCGCAGACUGGCGGCCGCCUCCGAGCCACGUGGUGCGCGCGGCGGCUCGGGGCUCCCGGGGCUUGGGCGAGCGCAGCGGGCGGCCGGCUGGGCGGAGGAGGCGGGAGCGAGCGCUGCAGCCUGCGACGUCGGGGCCGUGGCCUCCGCUGUCCGCGCGCCACUCGCUGGGUCCCUGCGCCCAGGGCGCACCGUGGAGACGGACGCGGCGGCGCCAUGGAGCCGGUGCCCUCUGCCCGUGCCGAGCUGCAGUCCCCGCUCCUCGUCAACGCCUCGGACGCCUUCCCCAGCGCCUUCCCCAGCGCGAGCUCCAACGCGUCGGGGCCGCCGGGCGCCCGGAGCGCCUCAUCCCUCGCCCUAGCCAUCGCCAUCACGGCGCUCUACUCGGCUGUGUGCGCCGUGGGGCUGCUGGGCAACGUGCUCGUCAUGUUUGGCAUCGUCCGGUAUACUAAGUUGAAGACUGCCACCAACAUCUACAUCUUCAACCUGGCCUUGGCUGAUGCGCUGGCCACCAGCACGCUGCCCUUCCAGAGUGCCAAGUACCUGAUGGAAACAUGGCCAUUUGGAGAGGUGCUGUGCAAGGCUGUGCUGUCCAUUGACUACUACAACAUGUUCACCAGCAUCUUCACGCUCACUAUGAUGAGCGUGGACCGCUACAUUGCCGUCUGCCACCCUGUCAAGGCCUUGGACUUCCGGACGCCUGCCAAGGCCAAGCUCAUCAACAUAUGCAUCUGGGUCCUGGCGUCAGGUGUUGGGGUCCCCAUCAUGGUCAUGGCAGUGACCCGGCCCCGGGAUGGAGCAGUGGUAUGCAUGCUCCAGUUCCCCAGCCCCAGCUGGUACUGGGACACGGUGACCAAGAUCUGCGUCUUCCUCUUCGCCUUCGUCGUGCCGAUCCUUAUCAUCACGGUGUGCUAUGGCCUCAUGCUGCUGCGCCUGCGCAGUGUGCGCCUUCUGUCCGGCUCCAAGGAGAAGGACCGCAGCCUGCGGCGCAUCACCCGUAUGGUGCUGGUGGUGGUGGGCGCCUUCGUAGUGUGCUGGGCGCCCAUCCACAUCUUCGUCAUCGUCUGGACGCUGGUGGACAUCAAUCGGCACGACCCGCUUGUGGUGGCCGCGCUGCACCUGUGCAUUGCGCUGGGCUACGCCAACAGCAGCCUCAACCCCGUGCUCUACGCCUUCCUGGACGAGAACUUCAAGCGCUGCUUCCGCCAGCUUUGUCGCGGGCCCUGCGGCGGCCGUCCGGAACCCGGCAGCCUCCGCCGUGCCCGCCAGGCCACCGCGCGCGAGCGCGUCACCGCCUGCACCCCCUCCGACGGCCCCGGCGGUGGUGCUGCCGCCUGACCUACCCGGCCCUACCCCUAAGCACCCCACCCAAGUGAAGUGACCUGGUGCCAGGCCACACUGAGGCCCCUGGGAGGCCCGGGCCACCGUCUGGGCAGCUGGAAUGGGGCCUGCGCAGAGGGGUGGCCUCCGGUAGGGGCGGGGCAGGAGGGAUCACAAGGCUCUGGGUUGGAGGGGUGGGGGCAGAGCUGGCGACUCCAGAGAGUGAGAGACCUUGGAGGCUGGAAAUUGGAUCCAUCAGUAAAGGCCUCUCCAAUGGGGCAGAGCUUCAAGCCUUGGGGCAGCCUCGGGCUCUGGCCUGUUGAACACCCAGUUCCAGUCUAAGAUCUGAGGAUUCCAGCUCUAGAAACCAGGAGGGGCAGUGAUGGGGUCGAUGACUUGAUGAUGGCUGUGAGAUUCUGAGCCUUUGUGUUAUGGGGAGGAGCCUCUUAGGGGAGGUGAGAGGACCGACCAGGUAGCCAGGAAGGGUACUUAAGGGUUUGGUCAGGAGAUAACUCCCCCUCCUCGGGGCGAGGCGGCAGGGAGUGGGGGGUGGGGAGGAAGGGGGGAGGUGGAGGGGGUGGCUUCAGUUUGGAGAAGAGUACACGCUCUCACUACGCUCUAACUAACUGGCUAAACUUGCUGAUGCUAGGUCCAAUUUAACUUCUCUAUAGAGAGACUGUAAGCUUGGCCUGAUGGGGUAGCCUUGUGUCAUCCCAGUCAUACUGGAGGCAGAGGCUGGAGUUAUAGACAAGCCUGGGCAACUUAGUGUCUAAAAAUAAGAAGUAAAGAGGGCUGGGGGUGUAGCUCAGUGGCAGGGUGUUUGUGUGAGGCUCUGGGACCAAUGAAACAAAACAACCCUCCAAACAACAGCAAGACCAAACAAAAAAUAAACCGUCUUGGUGACUCUGAAUUGGAUGUCAUCCAGAACCAGGCGUCCCUGUGGGGCUGGAGACAGGUCAGAGGGGCGGAAGCAUGGCUCCCUGGAUACUGGAGCAAGGCCCCCAGAAUCAAGUUGGGUUUCUUUGGUUUUUUCGAAACAGGAUUUCUCUGUGUAGCUCUGGCUGUCCUGGAACUCACUCUGUAGACCAGGCUGGCCGUGAACUCUCAGAGAUCUGACUGCCUCUGCCUGGGAUUAAAGGCGUGCGCCACUACUGCCUGGCCCAGAAUCAAGUUCUAAUAGGAUCCUGGAGGCUCAGAAGGAUUCUGAGAAGGUUCCAGGACUCCAAAACCCAGUGAGCCUUUGUAUCAAGAAGUGGAAGUAGAGUUGGCUCAGUGGUUAUGUGCCCUUGCUUCUUGCCCUUGCAGAAGACACAGGUUCGAUUCCCAGCACCCACAUGGUGGCUCACAACCAUCUGUAACUCCAGUCCCAGUCAAUCUGAUGUCCUCUUCUGACCUCUCUGGGCAUCAGGCAUGAACAUGGUGCAUGCACACACAUGCAGGCAAAAUACUCAGACACAUAAAGUAAGUCUUUUAAAAACACAAAAGUUGGGGGGGCUGGAGAGAUGGCUCAGAGGUUGAGAGCACCAGCUGCUCUUCCAGAGGUCCUGAGUUCAAUUCCCAGCACCCACAUGGUGGCUCACAACCAUCUGUAAUGAGAUCUGCUACCCUCUUCUGUAUACAUAAUAAAUAAAUAAAUCUUUAAAAAACACACACACACACACAACAGUGGAGCUUGGCAUAGUGGUGCACGCCUUUAAUCCCAGCACCUACGAGGCAGAGGUAGGCGGAUCUCUAAGUUUGAGGCCAGCCUGAUCUACAGAGUGAGUUCCAGGGAUGUAUAGUGAGACCCCCCUCUCAAAAAGCAAAAUGAAGUCAGGCGGUGGGUGGCGCAUGCCUUUAAUCCCAGCACUCGAGAGGCCAGGUGGAUCUCUGUGAGUUCAAGGCCAGCCUGGUUUACAGAUCGAGAGCCAGGACAGGCACCAAAACUACACAGAGAAACCCUGUCUUGAAAAACCAAGAAACAAAACAAAAACAAGCAAAAUGAAACAAAAGUGUGUGCUGGGCAGAGAGUAGACAGCAAGGCAGGGGGCCGAGGUGUCUGUUUACAGGUUAAAUCAUAAAGCCUGAGGGUGGUUGCUUUUGGGGUUCCCAGGGCCCUAGUGUUUAUGGAUCAGUACUGGAUCACAGAGACUCACCUUGUUUGAGUACCCCGUGUGUGGGCCCUUCAAUGUGAGUGGGGGUUAUCAGAACUACCAAAUCCUUGGACCCUUGAUAAGAACCUGGAAGAAAUCCCUUCCCUUCCUCCAGCAUCUGGCUGCCCAUCAGAUGUCUGGUGUCAGUGACCCUCAGGGACUGGAGCUGCCCAAGUAGGACCCACCUUGAAGGCACUGAGGGAAGAAGGCAAUGAUGUCGGCAUGGUCCUUUGCUGCCUCUCCAUUUGCCCCCCGGGUCCCUCGUCUGUUCUAGCUGCCCCCUUGAAGCUGCUGUGGGUGGACAUAGACACUCACCCAGGCGGUCCUGGAUCCUAGCUCCCCUGGAUGUCGUCCUCUGCCUUGUCCCCUGUUCCUCCCCCACUGCCUCAGCAACCUGCCCCUGACUCCGUAUUGAAGCAGCCUGCUGACAUCCUUGUAAAAACAAAUUUAAUUCUCUUCCUUUUUUGGGACAGAUGGAAAGAAAUUGACGCCUUUGUCUCAAACAAAAAAAGAAAGGAGAGAGAGAGAGAGAGACAAUAUGCCUCUUUUCUUUUUGACAGCCAUUCCUUUGGAACGAAAGCCGGAAGCUGCCACUCCAGCAGGGACUGAACCCGCCUUCAGGGAGGCAAGAGCUAGGCUAGCGGGAAGGGUCCCUGGAUGGGCAAAGCACAGUCCUUUUCUCUGUGUGACGUCCCUAGAGCCACGGACCUUGGGAUCUCUGUACUGAGAUGUGGUGUGAUGGUCACCACUAUCAUCAGGCCUGCUCAACCCCACAGCCCGCAGCCUAGCCACAUAGCUGACCUUCACCACCCAAAUGGACACCAUGGCCAGAGAUUUCUGUUUGAGCGUGGUGGUGGUGGUGAGGUGGUCACCGUGCAGAAGACCCUCCCGGACACACACUGCUGGAGAGUCCUCCUGCUACUUGGGAGGUGGCAGAGGAAGGGGACAGAUAUUCAGGGCAGACUCCAGAAGCAGGUGACACCGGAGUUAGGUCUGUGUGUCUUCCUUGCAAGGACUAUGGCCUGUGUCCCACCCAGGGCAAGCCUGCCUUAGAGUCUCUCCAGUCCCCUCACUGCUCUUUCCUGUGGGGCUGAAAACUCACUUUUAUUUUUUUGAGAUAGUCUCAUGUAGCCCAAGCUGGCCUUGAACUCCUGAUCUCCCAGUCAGAGCCUCCUGAGUAUUGGUAUUACAGGUGUGGUUUUCAACUUGUUUAAACAUGGAUUGAUUGUUUGUGUGUGUGUGUGGGGGGGGGGGGGGCAUUGUUCUUGCCAUAGUGUGCACGUGGAGGUCAGAGGAUGAUUUGGGAGAGGUUCGACCUUCUACCAUGUGGGUUGCUAGGGAUUUGAACUCAAGUCAUCAGGCUUGAUGGCUAGGACUUUUAUCCAUUGAGCCCAAUUUAAAAUUUUUUCUUUUUAUUAUUUAUUUGUGUAUAUGUGUGUGUGUGUGUGUGUGUGUGUACACAUUGGCCUGCCAUGGCACCUCCCAAGUGCUUAGAUUAUAGGCAUAUGUUACCACAUCCAACAAGAUCUGGCUGCUUUUUUCCCCUUUCUGAUACUAAUAGACAUUUGUCCUGCGAUCAGCGGAGGCUGGGCCAGACCAUGUGUAGUCAAGGUAACACAAGCGUAUUGAAAUUUUCCUAUUAGACUGUGCACUCUGGGCACUGGGACUCAGAAGUCAGUCAGACAUGACUCCUCUCUCAGGCAGCUCCAGCCAGCGCUGGGAGGCAAAUCAUACAUCUGUGAUUGUAUGCCGGUGUGACAAGUCCAGCGACAGCCCCAGGGAGGGCGUCCCGGGAAGGUGCCUCUUAACUAAAAACAUGUUUGCAGCAGUCUAUAAGAGGUGGCAAAGGGUCAGGGGGUUUAAGGGAUGCGUAGGAGUUGGCUGCUGAGAAGGCAGAACAGUGUGUGGAAAAGCAUGGCAAACCCAAAAGUUAUGAGCAGUGGAGGCACAGAACCGAACUGAGUACUGGGGUGUACCAGACUUGGUACCAAGGACUUUAUGCACGUUAUCUCAGCACAUCCUCUGGAUAGCCAAGGGGGCAGAAGUAGCACUAUCCAUAUUUUUUUUGUUUUUUUGUUUUUUGUUUUUCUUUUUCUUUUUUUUUUUUUUUUGGUUUUUCGAGACAGGGUUUCUCUGUGUAGCUUUGCGCCUUUUCUGGAUCUCGCUCUGUAGACCAGGCUGGCCUCGAACUCACAGAGAUCCGCCUGGCUCUGCCUCCCGAGUGCUGGGAUUGAAGGCGUGCGCCACCACCGCCCGGCUGUUUUUUGUUUUUCAAGACAGGGUUUCUCUGUAUAGCUUUGUGCCUUUUCUGGGACUUACUUGGUAGCCCAGGCUGGCCUCAAACUCACAGAGAUCCGCCUGACUCUGCCCCGAGUGCUGGGAUUAAAGUCGUGUGCCACCACCGCCCAGCUGUUUGUUUGUUUUUUGAGGCAAGGUCUCACCAUGUAGCCCUGGCUGUCCUGGAACUUACUGUGUAGACCAGGCUGGCCUCAAACUCACAAAGAUUGGUCUGCCACUGCCUCCUGAGUGCUGGGAUUAAAGGUGUGCGACACACCUGGCUAGUAUCCCCCUUUUAGAUGUGAACACUGGGCUCAGAGAGUUCAGCCGAUUUCCCCUGGGUUACAGACCUUGUCCAGAGUGGCAGAACUCAGGCCAGAAGAAUUGUAGAGAAAAUUCCCAGGUCCAAGUUUGCUGUGAACUGUGGGCAUCAGUGAGGUAGAGAGACAUCCCAGCCACUGGUGGAACUCUGGGAUGCGGCUUUUGAAGACUUCACAAAAUGGGAGAAAAGGGCAAUUUUCUGUGAACUUUUGUUCCUUAAGUUCUCCAAAUCUUUGCCUUUCAAAAUGUACCAUGCACGGUGCAUUUUUAAAGCUCCAAAUUGACAGUGUAAUUCUAGACUAUCACAGGUCUCUUCCUCCCCAAAAUUUCCAUUCCUUUCUCUCUAGGAGGUGGGAGGAAAGAUUUUGCCUUUGGUUUAAAAAUGCCCUACAGUUUUCAGUCUCUGCUUGAUGUCCUAGAACUCCCGAUGAAGGCUAGCAUCUGAUGUUGGCUUUCCCUAUCAGGGCCUCAAUUUCCCUACCUGUAGAGUGGACUUGCUUUGGAGAGUGUCUAUAAGGAUUAAUUAGGUAAUGUUUGUAUAGCCAUAGGGCCUGCCACUCAGCAAAUCACUGGAAAGCAGAACUGGAGUGCACGGUCAGAGCAGGACCCAGAGGGAAUGUGCAGCAGCUUUCAGAGUGGAGAGAGGAGACCGGGAAGCUGGCCUGGGGACCCCCUUUCCUGCUAGGCUCUGGAGCCCCCAUGGAGAGUGAGGAACUACUAGAGCAGCAGAAGGAAGAAGGGGGGAAAUGUGCUGUCAUGGAAACAGGAGGAGGAGGGCGUUCCCAGGGAGAGGGAGUGACGGGUAAUGUCAAGUAUAAUAGAGAGGGUGGGGGUGCCGAGGGCAGGAGGGUGAUGAGAGUAAACCAGAGACCUCAAGUUUAGUCUCCUACAUGUCCUGAGAGACCCCAAACCUGGCUUCAAAUCUCAGCCCUGAAGUUAAAUAGGCCCAUGAACUAGCAAAGGAUCUGCCCUCGUCUAACUUCUGUUUUCUCCUGGAUCUAAGACGAGAGAAUGGGUAGUCUUCAAUAUGAUGCCUGGUGUCUAAACAGCCUCCUGGGUUGGCUGGAUUCAUGGCCACUUGUAGCAGCUGGAUCUUAGGCAAGUCACGUCCCUUCUGGGGGCUGGAGCGAUGGCUCAGCAGUUAAGAGCACUAGCUGCUCUUCCAGAAAACCUGAGUUCAAUUCCCAGCAACCACAUGGUGGCUCCCAACCAUCUAUAGUCAGAGCCAUAGUCAGGCAUACAUGCAGAUAGAGCACUCAUACAUAAAUAAGUAAAAUCUACAAAAAAACAAAACAAAACAAAACCCUUCUGGGCACUUAGAUAUUGCAAGUUGAGUAUCUACAGAAAUUCCUGGCACAUACUGGGCCCCAACACAGGGUUCUAGUAAUGAAUGUGGGUGCCAAAGCUAGCUGCUGUAAGGAAGUUUGCUUGGCUUGGAAUUUAAAAUGCCUGGCAAGGUGGAGAUGGGCAUUGGACAUCUGGAGAGUUGCUGGAGCAGCAAGUACCCUCGCUUAGCACCUGCUGGGUCCCAAGGCCAGUUUCCAACUCUCAGUAUCAAGUACCCUCGCUUAGCACCUGCUGGGUCCCAAAGGCCAGUCUCCAGCUCUCAGUAUCAGCAACAGAAUCUGAACUUAGAAAGGCAGAGCCAUACAAAGCCAGCUCCAGAGACCCUAAAUCUAGACAGUGAUGUUCCCUGCUAGGUCCUGGCCUCAGUGCUUAUACACACCAGCCAUCUACGGAACAGGGUCUGGAGAGAUGGCUCAGCAGUUAAGCGAAGGUAUUGCUCUUCCGGAUGAACCUGAGUUCAGUUCCUAGCAUCCAAAUCAGGCAGCUUACAAUUGCCUGUAGUUUUGGGGAAUCUGACCUGUUCACUGCAGGUACCCUCAAAUAUGUAGUAUACACUCAUUCACACAGACACAUACAUGAACUCUAUGCACAUUCCCCCACCUUCCUUCCUUUAUUUAUUUUCAAUCAGGAUCUCAUGUAGCCCAGGCUGGCAUCAAACUCACAUGGUAGCCAAGGUUGACCUUUAAUUUCUGAUUCUUCUUCCUCCACCUCCCAAGUGCUGGAAUUAUAGGUAUGUACAACCACACUAGCUCUCAUUACUCACUAUUUAUCCCUUUAUGUUAUUUCUGGGCAGUAGGCAGGUAGUGCUAGCUGCUAGGGGUGGUACAAGAAGGGUCAGAACUUGGUCCCUCACUCUGAGCUUGUGGAUGGGGUUCCAGAGUCCAGGACAGUGGCUUUGAGGCUCUGGGUGCAAGCAACUUGUGAGUUCAAACUGGAGCCAUCAGGAGCUGAUGAGAGACCUCAGGAUGGGCACAUUGAAGAAGCUGUCAGUCAUGUCCAAGCUUUGACAUUGCAAUAUGACAUUGCCAUCUAUGAAGGUAAUACUGGAGAGAUGAUCAAUCAAGUUACAAAAAAAGAAAAAAGAAAGAAAAAGAAAAAGAAAAAAAAGCAAAACUAGGCCAGGCAGUGGUGGUGCAUACCCUUAAUCCCAGCACUCGGGAGGCAGAGGCAGAUAGAUCUCUAAGUUCAAGGCCAGCCUGGUCUACAGAGUGAGUUCCAGGACAGCCAGGGCUGCACAGAGAAACCCUGUCUUGAAAAAAAAGAACCUUCCUGCCCCAAAUAAAUAAAAAGCAAAACUCUUCACAAUGUUAAUAAAGUUUAUGAUUUUUGUUUUGGGCUGGGUGUGGUUCACUGGCAGCCCUAGGAUGCCUUGCCCAGGGUCUGGUCCCAGCAUCAACACCUGGAAGAGUCCUGACGCACAGCUGUCACGGGCAGCUCUCACUUGUACCAGUUCCAUAGAGUGACUCAAUCCUCCCAAGCUGACUAUGAGGCAGGCAUGAUUAUGAGGUUCGGGGGUGGUGGGGUGGACUAAGGCUGUCCUAGUAAGAACCCAUUUUAUGUCUCUAUUUCCUCUCUCCAGCUCCCAAGGGGGAACACUGAUUACUCAGGCCUGGGAAGUGUUCCCUGUGCAGGGGUCUGUGUCUUCUAACAGUGGUAGCAUGUGUGAGCCACCUAAAAACCUGCUGUGACAUUGGCAGGCCCAUCUCACAUCUAUCUCUUCUUGCCUUGAAGGCCUCCUGGUUGAUGGUAUUUUGACUACCUGUCAAGUCUUUGCUAUAUAAUUUUGGGAAAGACUCUCAGCCAAUUGCCUCUAAACUUUAGCAGCCAGAUGGGUAUGGUAGCACAAGCCAAAAGCUGAGGCAGGAGGAUCUCACAUUCAAGGAUAGCUUGGGAUGGAGAGAGAGAGAGAGAGAGAGAGAGAGAGAGAGAGAGAGAGAGAGAGAGAGAGAGAGAGAGAGAGAGAAGCUGGGUGUAGUGGCAUGCCUAUAAUCCCAGCACUCUCUGGGGCACGGGCUCCAAACUGAGAUCCUAUCUCAAAAAACAAAAUAAGCCAGGUGAUGGUAGCACAUGCCUUUAAUCCUAGCACUCGAGAGACAGAGGCAGGCAGGUUUCUGAGUUCUUAGUUCGAGGCCAGUCUGGUCUACAGUGAGUUCCAGGACAGCCAGGGCUACAUAGAGAAACCCUGUCUUGAAAAAUAAAUAAAUAAACAAACACAUAAUAAAACAAGCAAAAAAAAAUCAACCCCCAAACAGUCAAUAACUACAAAAGAUGAAGUUUCUUUGGUGAAUAAAAGGAAAAGUCUAGGCAAAAGACCCCCAAGACCAAGUUCUCAGCACUAAAGAGAUUUGUUUGCCCCAGAGGGACAGAGGACAGGAAAUAAGAGACAAAGACAGGAGACAGAGGAUGAGGGAGAAGGGGAGGGGAACGGGGAGAGGGGAAGGGGUAUUUGCCCUAGAGGGGGACAAAGGACUGCCUCUGGAUGGAGACAGACAGGGCACAUAGGCAAACAGCAGUUUAUAAAGGUACAAGGGGUCCCCCGUGCUAGGAUGAGCUGUUUAAUUUUAAUUGGGCAUGUUAAUUAGGUGAGCCAAAGGGGGCUUUUGAUGUGUGGACAUCAAUACUUGGAUAGCAGACCUUGGUGGUCAGCCUCAGGAGGAGGAAGUGGCCAAAUAAGGGAAUAGACCUUGGUGGCUAGCUUUAGGACUGCCAUCUAAGGGUUUUUAGCAAGGCAGAGAGGGAAGCGGGAGGAGGGCAGGGCCUGCCAGAGCCGUGUUUGCCACACUCAGCUGGCUCGAGUCCCUUCAGUGAGAAACUGAGACGAUUUAAGGCUGUGAAUGAGAGGCCUUGAUUGAUUUAGUCAUGGAAGCUUCCAGCAACCGUAAGUAGCAAAUGUUCAACAAAUGGAAGUCUUUUAUUACCUAUGUUUAGGUUUUUUAUACCAACCCCUGAUUCUCUCCUUCUCACUCCCCCACCCCACUUCUUUUCUUUUCCCUCUUCUUCUUCUUCUUCUUCUUCUUCUUCUUCUUCUUCUUCUUCUCCUCCUCCUCCUCCUCCUCCUCCUCCUCCUCCUCCUCCUCCUCCUUCUUCUUUGUGUGUGUGUGUGUGUGUGUGUGUGUGUGUGUGUGUGUGUGUGUGUGUGUGUUGUUGUUGUUGUUUUUCAAGACAGGGUUUCUCUGUAGCUUUGGUUCCUGUCCUGGAACUUGCUCUGUAGACCAGGCUGGCCUCGAACCCACAGAGAUCCGCCUGACUCUGCCUCCCGAGUGCUGGGAUUGAAGGCGUGCGCCACCACCGCCUGGCUGCCACUUCUUUUCUUGAUAAGGUCUCUGUAUAGCUCAGGCUGGCCAGGAUUCAAGAUCCUCCUGCCUCUGCCUCCCAAACGCUGGGAUCCACAGGCAUGAGGCACCACGCCCUACCACACCUGUUUCCCAAUGCUGUGGGCAGGUCAGCAGCAAAGCAUUUUCUCUUGUAACUGUGUUCUUGGGUUGGAGAAGGCGUCUUCACUGGAGAAGCAACUUUCAGAAGGAUUUCCCCUCCUCCGCUCCUUACAUAUGGCUGUCCACUCUUGCCCCUUCCUGAGAACCAAGAAUGAGGGACAACCCUGAGGGAAGAGAGGUCACUGGCCACCUUUGGCUGAACAACUUAGUCGUAGGGAUGGAAUCUCUUGAUGGGCCUCCAUGCAGGAGGUGACACCCACCUGGAUCUCAUUUUCUAGAGUCUCCUCUUGAAUCCCAAGAUGGGGAUGGGGAACAUGGUUUUCCCUCGUCGUCCUCUACUUCCUUGCAGUAAGUGGGGCCACUGUCUGUCUCUCUCUGGGCCUUUGCAUGAUGGAGCGGUAGAGUUAGGAGUUAAUGGAUCCCAAGGAACCUGCCAUCCUGAAAGAGAAAGGAGAUUUUCCCCUCCUGUUCCUUGACCCUCCUCCAAAACAGAUAUCCAUUGGUAAAAAUCCUCUGUGUACUUACCCAGAGAUGGAAGAGCAUGAGGGGGUGGGGUGAUGUUUGUAAUUGGCAUUGUCCUGAUUGGGGGUGAAAGAGGUAAAUUCGGUACAGAUGGAAGCUGCUUCAUGUUCUUUUUUUUGGUCUACCCCAAAUCCCAUCCCAGUACUAAUAUCCAACUUCUGUUUUUCGAAUAAAGUGAGCUUGGUUCUCCACA